UAAGUACCUAGCUAGAAAUCAGCUACUGGCCAGAUUGUCUCUCUGCCCCGGAUAAACGACUCAGACGACAACAAAGCGACAGGCCUCCAGGAAAAUAUGCGGCAUGGUCGCUGCCCUGGCGUGAAAUAUGCACCUCACCUCCUUUGGAACCUGCGUUGACAAGGCUGUGGAAGAGCUUUUGGUGGGUCUCCUGGACGUGAAGAUGUUUGGCAGCGGCACCAAGAAGUGGUUUGUGAAGAAGCAGAAGAGGCAGCAGCAUCAGAGGCUCGGUGGCAGGAGGCCAUGCACCAGGAAGAAGAAGAGAUGGGCGGCGAACAUCCUCAAACAGCACCGACAGAAGAUCCUGAACGAGCUGGAUGUCAACACGGUGCUGCCCUACCUGGUGUAUGAUAAGGUGUUUUCUCUGGGGGAGUACAAGGAGAUACUGGGACACGAGUCCAGGAAGAAACGGACGGAGAUAUUCUUGGACCGUCUGUCCACAAAGGGGCCUUCUGCUUUCUGCUCUUUCUGCUCUGUUUUGGAGGAAGUGUGUCCCCACCUACUCACGUGUUUCCUGCUUGAUGGAGAUGGUGCUCCAAGACAUGGACGCAAAGGAGGACCCCCUGUGCCUCCGAACAGUCCAAGAGAGCCCCAUCUGUGCCCCCCUCCCAUGUAUACCGACCCCAUUUUCAACACCAGGAUACACCCCAGCCCAACCGCCGGCUCUGGCACUGCAGCCUCCUCAGCAAGCACGGCUCAGGGUAAACCAUCACUUCGCCGCAUCAAGGGCCGCAUUCAUCGCAGCAAGAGUCUGGACAGCAUUGAUCUCCUUGACUCAAAUGAAUUACACGAGCGCCCGUGUUUAUCUAAUUCUUAUGACCUUGGCCAACUCACAUUCUUCCAUUCAAGAUGCCCCCACCUCCCCCUCCUCUCCUCUCCACUCUUCUCCUCCUGA